GCCUCUCUGUCUUUCUCUCCAUCCUAACCAACAUGGCCGCUAAGUCGGAUGGAGCAGCGGUGUCUGUGGAAGAUGACAACCCGCCCAGGAGCCUCUCGGAGCCGGGGAACCCCUCCGCCGGGCCCCGCUGCUCCUCCACCGCGGGGAAGCCGUACACGCCGCUGGACUGCUGCUGGGUCCUCUGCGCUCUGCUCGUCUUCUUCUCCGACGGCGCCACGGACCUGUGGCUGGCCGCCGACUACUACCUGCGGGGGGACCUGUGGUGGUUCGGGCUGACGCUGGUGUUCGUCGUGGUUCCGUCCGCGGUGGUGCAGGUUCUCAGUUUCCGCUGGUUCGUGUACGAUUACUCGGAACUGAGCGGCAGCGGGGACGCAGCGGCGAGCGGCAGCGGCGCGGGAGCGGCAGGCGCGGCGGUCGCCGCGUGCGACGCAUUCAGCACCAAGGACAGCGACCAGCGCGGAGCGGUGACCGGGAACGCCGCGAACACGAGCCCGGUUCACACGUCCUCUGUGCGGCCGGAGCCGGAGCGAAGAGCCCGCUCCCCGCGGAGCUGCUGCACCGUGUGCAUGUGGCUCUUCCAAUCCGUGCUACACCUCCUGCAGCUGGGGCAGGUCUGGAGGUAUAUCCACGCCCUCUACCUGGGCGCUCAGAGCCGUUGGCACGGCAACGGGCCUCGUCGGCACUUCCACUGGAGACUGAUGUUUGAGAGCGCUGACAUCACCAUGCUCCGCCUCCUGGAGGCCUUUCUGAAGUCUGCACCGCAGCUCGUCCUCCAGCUGAGCAUCAUGAUCCAUGGAAACACCGUCCUCCCUCUGCAAGGUCUCUCGGCCUCAGCCUCUCUGGUCUCUCUGGCCUGGAUGAUCGCCUCGUACCAGAAGGUUCUGCGGGACUCCCGUGACGACAAGCUGCCCAUGUCAUACAAGGCCGUGAUCGCACAGAUGCUGUGGCACUUGUUCACCAUCGGGGCUCGGACCGUGGCCUUCGCCCUCUUCGCCUCCGUUUUCCAGCUCUACUUCGGCAUCUUCAUCGUCAGUCACUGGUGUGUCAUGACGUUCUGGAUCAUCCAAGGUGAGACUGACUUCUGCAUGUCCAAGUGGGAGGAGAUCAUCUACAACAUGGUUGUGGGCAUCAUCUACAUCUUCUGCUGGUUCAAUGUGAAGGAGGGCCCCAGCCGUUUCCGGAUGACCGUCUAUUACUUUGUGACGCUGGUUGAGAACGUGGCUCUGACCGCUGCCUGGUACACGUACCGUGGCCCGCACACCUCCGACUCGUACGCCCUGGUGGUGGUGUGCCUGGUGGCCUGCAGCUUUGCCCUGGGAACCUUCUUCAUGUUGGUGUACUACUGCUGGCUGCACCCUGAUGGGCCCGUGCUGGGCUCUCAGUGGGGGGGCUGUGUGGACGAGGGCAUGGUGGGUGCAGGAGGGGUGGCGGGAGUCAUCGAUGCUUGCCUCACUCCUUCACAAGGGUCACAAACAGACAUGGUCAUUACGAGCCCUCCGAGGACACUGCCCAGGACUAAAGACACAGGAGAGCCAGUUCCCGGGGAGAGAGACAGGGACAAGGAGAGAGACAGGGACAGUUGCCUGCCUAUCUUCCAGGUACGUCCCUCCCCUUCCUCCUCUCCUGCGCUCCUCCACAGGACCUCCUCCUCAUCCCGUGCACAGGAGGGUCCCGUCAUCAGGAUCGACCUCCCAAGAAAGCGAUACCCGGCCUGGGAUGCACACUUCAUCGAUCGCCGCCUCCGCAAGACCAUCUUGCUUCUGGAGACGACGUCAGCCGUCAGCCCGCGGAUCCAGUACAGGAGCAGCCUGAUGGGCAGCAAAGAGGUUUUAGAAUAUGAGACGACGGUCUGAGCCGACAGUCUCUUGAACUUAAAAUGCAGUCUGGUACCAGCCUGAGAUUAGUUCUCGUCCCAGGACAACCAACGCCAGGAGAAGCAUGAAAACGUGACACAGUGUCAGACAGCCGCUUUUCAGAAAAGAGGUUGUCAGGACUUGUAAAAUGUGAAGAGCAAUCUGGGACCAAGGCUCCUCUGAGGACACAGUCCAGGAUUACGUAGCAUGAAUGAGCCGUGGAAAGUUACGCUGAUGAUCCUCAUCUUUUUUUUAAACAUGGAGGUGAGAAAUGGAAUCCCUCAUCUUGGGACCAAGGAGUGACAUUUAGAUUUAGCUUCAUAAUGUACAUUCAGCACAAGAGAUUCAGGAGCAGUGAAGCAACGGAGUUUGAGAAAAAAUCUGCUGCAUGAACUUGAGCCUUGGACGUGGAGUGACGACACGGGACAUGAAAUCAUUUUGGUUUGACAUCAGAAAACACAGUAAACCAAUCGACUCUGCUUCAGUGACUUACAGGUCAAACGGAAUCUACUGUACAUGCGUUUCAUCACCACUUCAAUAAGUUGAAGCAAGACAGAACCGGAGGAUGAAAGGUUCUAAAAGUGUAAAUGAAACAACGGUUACUUUAACAUUUCAUAACCAAGAUCUCAAAUCCAGAUCUCCAGCUGAUUGGUGGUAUAUUUAUCAUGUAAACAUAAAGUAUGAAACGAAAACUCAUUUGUUCCCAUCAUGAUUUCAUGUCCCUAACGACCUUUCUUAACCAUCGUCUGACAAGAACCAGUCUUUGACUUUGGUCUUGGGUCUCAUGAGAACACAAGAAUCCAUCAAACUCACGUCCGGGUCCAGAUGGUUUAUGAAAUGUAGACUCGGGUGAAAACGUCACCGUCCAACGUGUUGGAAAAGUCUCAUAGUUUACAUCAGCUGCCUGAGGACAGUCUGUAAAGACCAAUCGGGACGGGAUGUCAGGACGCUGAGCUGAAGACAAACAUCACUUCAACAGACAUGAAGGAUUUCUGUAGUAGAAAAUCAAUAAGAAAAACUCAAAGAUGCAAAGUAUCAUGGUCUAAUGGCAGGUUGGUUAGUUAGUUAGUUAGUUAGUUAGUUAGUUAGUUACCAUAGCUGCUCUUUCUGGUUCAAAAUGUACAGACCUUUGAUUUAAAGAGGUUCAGGUUUGAUUCAUUUAAAAACGGAUCUGUCUGUGUUUUAGCUCCAUAUCAGUUUGAGUCCACACUAACAGCCUGAAAACACUGGUCACCUGACCACUCACGUGCACGGAGCAUGUGUGUGCUGUUGUAAACAGGAAUUCUCACAGAUUGCUUGAAUAACAUCUGGUAAACAGCUGUAUCGUAGUACAACACAGAAUGUAACUGAACAGCAGCUGUUAGCAAAGACAACAGGGUCAGUAACACUUCAUCCUGAAGGAGCUCAUGUGACAGGAGCCUGACGAAUCAGAGAAGGUUACGUCAUGACUGAAAAGAACCAAUCACAAGAGGUUUUGAGUGGCUACGUCAUCGUUUCAAAACAUCUCAGUUUCUGUUCAUCCAGAAUAAAACGCAGAGUUUUCAAAGUAAAACAGGAGCAGCAGCGUUCACACACGAUGUAACGUAGCAGAACGUAAGUGACGCCCUUCAGAGGUCGAAGUCUAACUGCGACGCCUGAAGGUGUGAACGAGUGUUCACAUGAAGUAGAAGAACGUUGAGUCCGGUCAGAACCUGAAGGAAGAAAAGUAAAUAUUAUACCGACCAUCAAAGUUACUUCCAUCUGGGGCCAACAGAAAGAACAGGGUUGUUUCAAUCAAUGCUGAUGAUGAAUGUGUUUAUUCUUACGUGUUGAAGAAAAACCUUUAGUCUCGUGAACCUCAGGUCAAAGUCGAGAAAGAUCACUUACCUGCCAGUUACCUGAGAACUUUCUAUAGUCUUUUGUUUCAGUGAAAGUGUUGGUGGGACUGUGGCUUUAGAGCAAAGUGUCAAAGAUCAGUCUUUAGGAAUCAUUACCUUGUUGCCAUGUGGUGGCUCAUUGGUUAAUUACAUAUACUGUUUCUCUCUAGAUAAGAAUAGAAUGAUAAUCACACAUAUCCACCUCAGAUGUCAUCAGAGCAGUGUUCAGGUCUAAACUCUUUGUGAAAUGGUUUAAUGUUGAGAUCCAGAUACUGAACGUGGCGUCACACAACCGACUCCACCUUUCUGCCUCGGUCCGAGUCAGCUGCUAACCUCACCUCACUGUCCCCUGUCUGUUUGCAUCUCGCAUCUUCAUGUCACUUUCUGAGAAUGUGAACAAUUCUGAGCAAUCGCAGGAUCGACCAUCGUGUGUUGUUAUGUUGUGUAUCAGCACUGCUGCUAACAAGGUUUGUGGUUGUGUGUCUCCUCUACCAGGCAAAUCAGGGACACAGAUUCAGAACCUGCUGGUGAACCAGUUGUGUUCUGGGACAGUGUUGUGUCCACCUGAACCUGCUGGUGCUCAUGGUGCUGAGAGCACGUCUCAAACGUGAUCACGUGAUGUUCAGAUGAUCACGUGAUGUUCAGAUGAUCCCUGUGUUCAGAUGAUCACGUGAUGUUCAGAUGAUCACGUGAUGUUCAGAUGAUCACGUGAUGUUCAGAUGAUCACGUGAUGUUCAGAUGAUCACGUGAUGUUCAGAUGAUCCCUGUGUUCAGUCGCUGAUGAACCGCUUCUCUGUGGUCGAGGUAAACAGUCAAAGUGCUGAACUGGUUGUAAAUUAACGUGAACAAAAACAUGUCAAAACAAUGAGUUAAGGAAAAAAACUCUAAUCAUCUUUUAUGAAUUUGAUGCAAGUAUUUAUGUUAAUUUAUUUUUGUAUUUGUUUUAUAUCUAUUUAUCUAUUGUUUACUCACUCAGUGGCCAUGUCUUUGGUAUGACUCUUAUAUUAAGAUGUAAAAACAGAUUUUUUUUACUCAUUCUAUAUAUCUGUAUAUAGCAGAGUGGCGCUAUACUAGGAUGUGUGUGUAUGAGUGUGUGUGCUUUGGUUUGUGUGUUGUAUGUACAGUGUGUGUGUGUGUGUGUGUGUGUGCGCUCUAAGGGUUUUGAUAAUGCUGCUUAAUCAUCUCGAGUGAACGAGCGAAAAAACAAACCAGUGGUGAAAAUAUCUAUGAUGAUGUUAAAAAAACAACUGAUAAAGUAGAUGGAAUAAAAACUGUAGUAAACUGAACAGACGUCAAAA